GUCAUAUCCUUUUGUCGUCUGUGUCUCUUCGUCCUCAUUAGCUUAAGCAUCAUUCAUUCAUCAAUUUCAUCAUUCAUUCUCCUUCUUCUUCACCUAACACAAAAAAAGAUUCCCCCAUGGAAACUUGUUCUUCCACCUCUCUCUAAUUAUUAUAUUAACUCGCUAUCUUCUUCUUCUUUUUUAACUCACCCUCCCUAUCACUGAGUCGUUACCUUAACUCGUUUCCAUGGCUAACAACAACAACAACCCACAUGAUAACAUCUCCGAUCCAUCUCCCACCGACGAUUUCUUCGAGCAGAUCCUCGGUCUUUCCAACUUCUCCGCUUCUUCUGGUUCUGGUCUUUCUGGAAUUGGCGGAGGGUUAAGCGCACCUCCGAUGAUGCUUCAGCUCGGUGGUUCAGUAGGCGACGAAGGGAAUCAUCAUCAUAAUAAUCACAACAUGGGUGCCAUUGGAGGAGGACCUGGACCUGUUGGGUUUCAUAAUCAUAUGUUUCCGUUGGGAUUAAGCCUCGAUCAAGGGAAAGGACAUGGCUUUCUUAAACCUGAAGGUCUUCUUCCUUCUAGGAAACGUUUCCAAGACGAUGUUGUUGAUAAUCGAUGUUCCUCUAUCAAACCUGUUUACCAUGGGCAGCCAAUGUCACAGCCAGCUCCACCAAUGCCGCAUCAGCAAUCUACAAUUCGACCGAGAGUUAGAGCUAGGCGAGGUCAGGCCACCGAUCCACAUAGCAUCGCUGAGAGGCUGCGUAGGGAAAGAAUAGCAGAACGGAUCAGGGCGUUGCAGGAACUUGUACCUACUGUUAACAAGACAGAUAGGGCUGCUAUGAUCGAUGAGAUUGUCGAUUAUGUUAAGUUUCUCAGGCUCCAAGUUAAGGUCUUGAGCAUGAGUCGUCUUGGUGGAGCCGGUGCUGUCGCACCACUAGUCACUGAAAUGCCAUUGUCGUCAUCAAUUGAGGAUGAGACGCAGGCCGUGUGGGAGAAAUGGUCAAACGAUGGGACAGAGCGGCAAGUGGCUAAGCUGAUGGAAGAAAACGUUGGAGCAGCGAUGCAGCUAUUACAAUCAAAGGCUCUUUGCAUAAUGCCAAUCUCAUUGGCAAUGGCGAUUUACCAUUCUCAGCCACCAGACACAUCUUCUUCAAUCGUCAAACCAGAGAUGAAUCCUCCACCAUAGAUUUUGUUUAUGGGACAGCAUCCAACGUUCCUCAGCUGAAGAUUGACAUUUUGCUCCUUUUCCCACUAUCUAGACUUUUGUGACUGAUGAAAGGUAAGUAAAAAGACAUUGGAGGUGGAAUCUAAGUAGGAUUUGUGCAGUAAAGAAGUAAGAAUGGGAAUUGGCAAAAGAAGAAAAAGGCUCUCUCACUUGCUUGCUUGGCUAAUAUUCUAUCAUUUUGAUGAAAGUAACUCUUUUUGUUUUAAAGACUCUAGUGGGAGUUUGAGGGUAAGGGUAGUAACUAGCUCUGUAGUAGUAGUAAUGAAAGGUGUGGUAGUGCUUUGAAUUAUUAUGUAAAAAAAGGAAAGAAAAAAGUGCUCUUGUAUUAUGAUUUUUCCCUUC